GACAGGUAAGGGGUGGCUGGGGAUUGCCAUUAUGGGCUGCCAGUUGGCCUCGAACAAUACCAAAAAGGCAGCUGGAUUUCUUAUUCGACUGCAGCGAGCCAUAAAAUUAUUAUGCAAAUAUGAAGGGAAAGGGAGUGCGCACAUUAGACGCACAAGCCGUUAAUAUGCAAAUGCAUUGGGGCUCAUUCAUAAAAAAGCCAGCAGAGUUUUUCCACUUAAAGCCUGGCGACGGGUCUGCUGCCCCUUUCGUUUUCAAGGGGCUUCAGCUCAAACUGGGUAGCUCCAAAGAAACACAAUGAAGUUCGAGCAUGUGCAUAGUUUGUUAGACUAAUGAGCAGUCCGAGGGGAGUGAGAUUAAGAUUGUUCAUUGUAUGAAAAAAUGAAGGGGCAGACUACGUCGCGUUUUAUAUACAAGUUGCAAACCAGAAAUCCUGCUUAGAGGGUAGUUUAAAUAGAUUUUGUAUAGGUCAAGUUGUGCAGAUACACUUGGUAGACUUGAAACCCUUGCCCUUUGGAGGUACCGGAAUUUCAAAAUAUUUAUAAUUCAUACAGAGCUGGAGUCUUACAAUUUUAAAUGAAGACUACCGUUGAGUUUCUCGAGAAUCUAUCUCUAUGUAUGAAACAGCUUGUCCCGACUGACUGACUGUUUAAUUACUGAUUAACGCACAGCCCAUACCGUAAGAACUUGAAAGCCUUAUGUGAUGAAAGGAAAUGCCACCCGAAUGUUUGGAAAAAUUGUGAAAAAUGGCCUUCAACUCAUUUUCAAAGACUUUGGUUCAAAUGCAUUGACUGCUGUUUCAGAAUUUUCGAAAAAUGCAUUCCUUCUCUGUGGAAAUGGGAGUCAAAGAUUUGGAAGAUGAAGAAUGUAGUCUCGUAGGCGUCAUAUCACUUUGGGGGAAACAGCGAAUAUGGAGGAUGCGACGGAUGAAAUAUUCGGGGAUACGGCAGCUCGAUAAAAAAAAUAAGAAGGCGGCUAUAAUAUUGAAGGAAACGGCGGCUUUAACUAUGAUGGAGGCAACGACUAUGUUAAAAUCUGUAAUGUGAUUAUAUAAAUGUUCACCUAUCGCCUGCUGCUGAAUGACGGUAAUAAUCGUGUGCAUGAAUUUACGGCGACUUAGCCGGGAGAUUCUGAUAGAGGAGAAAACAUUGAAAAGAACAUCACAUAAAAUCUUGCUAAGGGAAAGACAUUCAACAGUAUGCCUUUCAAGCCAGAGAUCAGCUACGAGCCGGACGUAAAGGUCUGGAGUGGCAAGUAUGAGGCGCCCUACUUCUCGCCCGAUCUGUCCGUGGGCGAGAUCACAUUCAACGAGAUGAGGCGUCAUCCACAGCUGAUUGCUCAGAUCUCGGUUUCGGAAAAUACGACGCUGACCCGUGAGGAGCUCUUCCUGAAUUCCCAGCGCAUCGCCAGCUACAUGCGCAACCUGGAUCUGCAUCAGUCAGAUGUUGUGGGCAUUAUAGCCAGAAAUACGACGCAUAUAUCCGCUGUGGUCUACGCCUGUAUCUUCAAUGGCAUCGCCUUCCAUUCGCUCAAUGUUAACUAUGUGCCGGGCACCAUUGAGAAGCUUUUCUCUAUAACCGAGCCCAAGCUCAUCUUCUGCGAUGGCGAUGAGUACGAGAAGGUCAAGACCGCGACAGCCAAGUUGAACGUGAAGCUGAUUACCAUGCGCAACCACAAGCCGGGCUCAAUUAGCAUUCAGGAUUUGUUAGCUACGCCCAUUGAGAAGGACUUUGCACCUGUUCGCCUGGAACGCGGCAACGAUCAGACUAUGGCCAUUCUCUGCUCCUCAGGCACCACGGGUGUGCCCAAGGCUGUGCCCAAUUCGAGCACCCACAAGUUCUUCACGACCACCAACUAUUUGACCUCCGCGGACGUACAAUACUGUCACAGCACCUUGGACUGGGUCACCGGCCUGACUACAACCAUAGCCAGUGGAGUGCACAGCACGUUGCGCAUCAUUAAUGCCGAGAUGUUUGACGGUUCGCUUCUGCUGAGCCAGAUCGAGAAGUACAAGAUCACCUGGCUGCUGAUCGCGCCCUCCCACUUGGCCGUGCUGGCCAAUUGUCCUGAAUUUGAGAAGACCAAGAUAGACAGUCUGAAGCAUCUGCUAUAUGGCGGCAUGUGCUGCUCUCUGGAGGUACAGGAGCGCUUCCGCAAGCGUGUCAAUCCCGGCGUAUUGCAAUUCGCCUUUGGCUUCACAGAGCUCGGCUCUUCGAAUGGCACCCUGAACAAGCACUACGACGAGAAGCCCAAUUCGGCGGGUCGCGUGCUGCCGGGCAACAAGCUGAAGAUCGUCAACGAUCAGGGUGAGGCACUGGAUCCGAAUGAAGUUGGCGAAGUGUGUUUCCAUGCGUGCCAGUACUGGGACGGUUACUACAAGAAUCCCGAGGAGUCGCGAAUUGUGCGUGACAAGGAGGGCUGGUUCCAUACCGGCGACACCGGCUACGUGGACAGCGAUGGCUUCCUGUUUAUAUCCGGCCGCAAAAAGGACAUGCUCAAGUUCCAGAACAUCAUGUACUACCCCAGCGAAAUUGAGGAUGUCAUCACCAACAUGCCCGGCGUCGCCGAGGUCUGUGUCUUUGGCGUAUACAGCGAUACCAAUAUGUACGAUGCGGCCGCCUCGGUUGUGCCCAAGCGUGGUGCUCAAAUAACUGCCGAGGAUGUGAUCAAGUAUGUGCAGGAUAAUGUGGAGGCCAAUUAUCUGCAGUUACAUGGCGGUUGCCUUAUUGUCACCGAUAUCAAGCGCAGUCCCAAUGGCAAAACGAAUCGAGAGGCCACCAAGGUGCACUUCCUGCAGCAGCUGAAUAAGAGUAAAUAAUUUCUUUUAAUAUUUUCUUAACACCCCAUUAUUGUUCAGCUACUUUAUAAAAUAUAAAAUAAUCUAUUAAAUAUUAGU